CGCCACCGCCGACUGGCAGCGGCGGCAGCGCAGCAGCGGACCGGACAAAGAAUAUACGCGCCGCGCCGCGAGCGUACACACAGUCAGCGCGCGCGCAGCGAGCACGCCAGCCUGCAGCCCGCAACCAAAGAUCGUACAAAUCAACCGCCUUCUAACAAGCCACGUUAACCUCAAGUGAUUUAUAUUUUUCUUACGAAGAGAACGUGCGAGAGAGAAUAUAUUAAUCGGUGUGUUUAUAUAUUUGAGAGAGAAAUUAACCAGAGCUUAAAGCGUUCGGCAAGAAACGAAGAAGAACAAGAAAAAGAAGAAGAAGAAGAAGAAGAAGAAACAGACGAGGACGAAGAAGAAACUUACAGCGAGCGAGUGUACAAAAGGGAAGUGCCAAAUCAAAGCAAAGCAAAAAGUGACCGUAAUUUUUUCUACACGUUGACUGUUGAAUGCGCUACGCACCCGAUACACCUCAACCCACGCAACCCAAUACUCACACAGCCACGCGCACAGAGUCGACACAGCCUCCUCCGAAGACCAAAGAAACGAGCCAUUUGUAGCAAGGAAAAGUGCAUGGAUCGGAAAGGGACCAUCGCAGUCGUUCGUAGCCUAAACCUGUCGAGUACAAAAAGCACAGAGUGAUAGCGAGAGAGAGAGAGAGAUAGAGAUAGAGAGAGAGAGAGAGAGAGAGAGACAGAGAGAGAGAGAGAGCGCGCGCGAGAGUGGACAAGUGCAGCAGAAAGUGCAAGAGAGAGGAAGAGAGAGGAAGCAAGAUUGCCCUGACAGCAGCAUGCGGAUCCGCGAGUGCGCGUCGACGAUUCGGCGGAAGGAAGAGUAGACGAGCGCAGCCACAGCCGCAGCAGCAGCAGCAGCAGCGGCAGCAGCGGCAGCAGCGGCAGCAGCAGCAGCAGCAGCGGCAGCAGCAGCAGCAGCGAGGCAGCCAGCGGCCGCGGGCAGCGACGGCCAGCGAGGCGACGCGGGCGAGCGCAGGGCGCGCGGCCGGCGCGGCGAUGGGGCGCCGAAGAUGAGCAGCGAGAAGGAGGCCGACGCCGCGGAGAGGGUGGCCAGCCACUCUCCGGCGGCGCUCGCGAGCGCGACCCCGGGCGCGGCGCCCAACGGCGCGCCCGGCAGCAUCAGCGUGAGCCUGAACGGCGCCGCCGGCGGCCUGAGCGCCGCCGAGGUGGCCGCCCGGCACCUGCCCCCCUUCAGCAGCUUCGCCGUCGGCGACGUGGCCACCCUCGUCCAGAUGGAGGGCUCCGCCUCGAGCCUCGGGCCCUUCACCAGCCUGUCGAGCGAGCUGCUCGGCUGGGACGGCGCCUACUACGAGGGCCUGGGCGGCCGGCUGCUCGACUCGCGCAACGAGCAGCUGCUCUCGAACCAGUACACGCGGCCCUGGGAGACCAGCGGCAAGCACCACCUGGACGGGCUGCCGUCGUUCGCCUCGCAGUUCGCCGGGCCGGGCCCGGGGCCGGACUCGGGCCAGGACCCGCAGCUGACCACGCUGACGCCGCUGUCGCCCGCCUCGAUGUCGCACUCGCCGCCCGUGGCCGCGCUGCCCAGCUUCCACACGCUGGGCAACCCCGUGGCCAUCGCGGCGCCGCAGCCGCAGCGCGCCGCGCCCGCCUACCCGGGCCUGGUCUCGGCCGCGCCCGCGGCCGUGUCGGCGCGCGAGGUGCUGCAGCAGCAGCUGGUGGACGAGCGGCCCAUCCACGUGCUGGGCGGCAGCCCGCUGCCCUUCGUGGGCGCGCCGCACCAGCAGCCGCAGCACGCGGGCCCGCCGGCGCCGGCGCAGCACGCGGCCCAGAUGCUCGUGCCCAUGAAGCCCGAGUACCCGCAGCUGCACCACGCCAACUUCCAGAACCCCAUGUCCACGGUGCUGGACUCGUCCUCGGCGUCGCCGGGCUCGCGCGUCGACGGCCGCAAGAAGGAGCGCCGGAAAAUGCGCGCCGGCUCGAUGGACGAGGCGGGCGCCGAGGAGGCGGCGCAGGGCCAGCAGGCGGCGGCGGCCGAGAGCAGCGGCCAGGUGGCCGCGGUCUCCUCGAGCGGCGGCCGCGCGCUCGGCCACCACCUGGGCGCCGGCGACCUCAACGACGACGGCUCGGGCCUCGGCGACAAGCCCGCGAAGAAGAAGCGCAAGCGCUGCGGCGAGUGCAUCGGCUGCCAGCGCAAGGACAACUGCGGCGACUGCGCGCCGUGCCGCAACGACAAGAGCCACCAGAUCUGCAAGAUGCGCCGCUGCGAGAAGCUCACCGAGAAGAAGCAUCUGUACCACCUGCAGACCGGCGAAGGAGCUUACAGGGAGCGAGGCCGAGGCCGAGGAAAGGGCACCACCAGGAGCUACCGCAAGAUCGCCCGGCAAGUGAGCACCCCGGACUCGGCGCCCCAGGGACUGGGCAGUCCGCAGCCGACCUUGGGACUGCAGCAGCCGGCCACGCCGCAGACGCCCCAGCCGCAGGCCCAGCCGCCUCCCCAGCAGCCGCAGCAGGCGGCCCAGCAACAGGCGCCGCAGCCGCAGCAGCAGCAAGCGACCCCGCAGAACCUGGACCCGAUGCAGCAGAGCAAGGACCCGCUCAACUCGGUGGUGGCUCAACAGACUGGCCCGCUGCGGAACGGCAAUCCCGCUCCGCCGGUCGUCUCCAUGUCGCCAGGAGUGAUGCCGUUCUACGGGGACAGCGGCACGGCCUUCCGGCCGACCGCGGGCUUCGGCAACGCCGUCUGGCACCAGGGCGUCUCGGCCGUGGGGGCGGUCGCGGUCGAGCCCGCGCCGGCCCCGUGGCCGCCACAGCAGUUCAUACAGCAGCUGCCCCCGAACCAGAUCGACGAGCUGAGGUACCACCCGCAGUACAGCACCGCCGCGCCCUACCACCCGCAGACCGUUGCCUACCAGCAGCAGGCCUUCAUAACGGCCGACCAGUCGGCCUUCCAGCGGGCGGCCGGCGCCUCGGGGCAGUACGCGAUCACGGGCCAGUCCUCGCCGCUGGCCCCGUCGCCCGCGCAGCAGCCGCAGCAGCAGCAGCAACAGGCCCAGCAGCAGCAGCAGCAGCAAGCGCCGCCGAGCGCGCCCACGACGGCGCCUCAGCGGCCCUUGAACGGCCAGUACAUCGAUUCUGUCCAGCAACCGCCUGGCCAGCCCAGCCAGCCGCAGUACGACAGGCAGGACUAUGUGAAUGGCUAUCAGCAGCAGGACAUAACAAUGGCCCCGCCAGCCUCCACGACGCCCAACAGUCGAAGCAGUUCGGUGCACAUGGAGGUCCAGCAACCCCAGUCAGCGCAGAACCAGGCGGCGCCGCAGCCAGGCGACACGCAAGUCAAGGGCUUCGCAACAAUUGCCGCAAACAGUGUGUCGGGAAACGAGAUGCCUGGGUAUCCACUUCAACCGGGCCCACAGAGUUUACACAGCUCUAACGGAUACCCAGGCUACGUAGAGAUGGGCCAACAGCAGCAGCAACCACCACCGCCAUCGCAUAGUCAGUGGCAACAGGUCUCCGGUGCUAAUCCACAGAGCAUCUGGUCCGAGACCAACAGCAUCGCUAAGAUGCAGUCUGUAAAUAACGUGAUCUCUUGGUCAGAUUCGAAUACCCAGCAGCAGCAGCAACAGCAGCUCAAUGUAAAGCAAUCGAAUGAGCAGCAACAGCAGAACAUGCAGAUGCAGAAUCAACAGCAGGACAUGUCGAGGCCAUCGAGCCACAUGAGCUGGGACAGCAACAGCGUCAAAGAUCAAACACCUCACACGCCACAGUCAUGGUCUGAGAAUAUGGACGGACAGCAGACCUCGCAGUCGCAGACCAACUGGCCAGGUCACAGUCCUAGCAUGCGAGACAAUCAGAAUCCAAGACUGACGCCUUCCGCCCAGCAGCAGCAGCAGCAGCAGCAGCAGCAACAGCAGCAGCAGCAGCAACAACAGCAGCAGGGUUGGCCACAGCACUCUCCAAAGAUGCCGGACCAUCACAGCGCGCCCCAAAAAAAUCCGCGCAUGACGCCCGUGCAGCACAACUGGCCGCAAACUAGUCCGGAAAUGCAGCAACAGCAGAGCUCAGCUCAGCAACAAAACCCACGACUAACGCCCUCGGCUCAGCAGCAGCAGCAGCAGCAGCAACAACAACAGCAGCAACAGUGGCAACAGCAGCAGCACCAGCAGCAGCAGCAGCAAACAAAACUCGAGCCCAAUCCCAGAUUAACGCCCUCGAAUCAGAUGUCCUGGCCAGAUACGCCAACUAGUCAACCCAACUGGUCGCCCAGCAGCAUGAAGAGCGAUGGCAGCCAACAACAGCAACAGUGGCCUGACUCACAGCCCAGUCCUAGACGGACUCCGAGUCACCAGCCCGCCGUCUGGCAAAGCCAAAGUGCUCAAGAAAAGAUUGAAAGUCAGAUGAGCUGGUCGCCCAAGCCCGAGAAUCAGGUCAACUGGGGCCAGCAAAAUACCAAGCAAGACAUACAAAAUUCAGGGGAGAGACUUAUGUGGCCACAGCAGCAGCAUCAGCAGGCUUCGGAGCCUAACAAACAGAACGGUUACCCAGAAACUCAGGAAUCUCAAGAUAGCAUGUACCCGCAAAAUAAUCGUGUGAAUUUGAACAGCCGUUUGAAGUCGAUGAUUCUGAACAAGCAGCAGCAGCAGCAGCAGCAGCAGCAGCAACAACAACAGAUGCAGAAUCAAAUAAGCCAGCAGAAUCAGCAGGUUCAUCAUCAGAUGCCUCCACAGCACACGAGCAACGGCGACAGCUCGAACAGCGACGCGUCAACCGACAAUCGGUUAAGAGAGUCACACGAGAACGCGGACAAGUAUCAGAACAAGAGAAGUGAUCAGCAGCAGCAGCAGCAACAACAGCAGCAGCAGCAGCAGCAGCAGCAGCAGCAACAACAGCAGCAGCAACAGCAGCAACAGCAACAGCACCACCACCACCAUCACCACCAGCAUCAGCAGCAGCAUCAGCAGCAGCACCAGCAGCAGCACCAGCAGCAACAACAGUAUGUGAAUCAGAGCGGGUUGAUGGCAAUGAGUCAGAGCAACGAAUCCAUGACCGGUAAUUUUUUAUUGCAUAGCCACCACCCUCGGGCCAAUAAUUUGCCCGACGGUGGUGGCUUAUGGGAAUGGUCAUCGGAUGGAGGAUCAAACGCUGGCAUGAACAACAGUGCCCAAAUGUCGAGUAUCGACAACCUGAUAAAUUUUACAUCACAGAAAAAAGAGACUGAUAGAGUUUUAGGCGCGCGAAGCAAUAAUUUAGAUAACAGGAGCCCAUGGGAUCUCAACUCUGCCAUCAAGCCGGGAAAUCAGAAUAUCGACAAUAAAAACUUUCAGCAGAGAUUGUGCAUCGACUCGGAGCUUAGCAAAAAGACUGCGGAUAAUAAUCAAUUUAGCCAUUCGUCUGGUAGCAUCACCAAGGAGCACAAGUCCAAGUUGACGAAGCUUCAUACUCUUGCGGAAGUGCAAUAUGAUUCGAACCAAAAAAUCAAGCAAGAAUACCCGGUGUCGAACAGCAGCGACGAUCUGACCACGCAGCCGACGUCCAUCAAGCUCGAGGCCGACAACCGCGACACAGCAGCAGAGUCCAGCUACAAGUUCCGGGGUGACGGCGGCCCGGCGAAAUUGGCCACGGGAGUCGGCUCCUGGUGUUGUCGGCGAGGAGGUACCGAGCAGCCCACUCCGGAACACCUGCGCGACGGAUGCUGCCAAGGCCUCCAGACGCGCGACGAGUUCUCGGAGGACUCCACGCAAAAAUCCGAGGUGAAGAACGAGGGCGAGUCGCGGCCCGGCUGCGGUGCCAAGCUUCAAGAUCAUUUGGACAAGCUGAAGAACAAUGUGAGGACCGAAGUGCCCGACUGCGAUUGCUUCACCUCCGACAAAUGUCCGCCGGAGCCUGGCUCCUACUACACGCAUCUCGGCGCCGCGCCAAGUCUAGCCGACCUGCGCAACGACCUCGAGAAGAGAACUGGUCUAAAAGGCACUGCUAUUAGAUUGGAGAAGGUCGUCUAUACCGGUAAAGAAGGCAAGACUACUCAGGGUUGUCCUAUGGCCAAAUGGAUAAUCCGACGUUCUAGUCUGGCGGAGAAGAUUCUGGCAGUGGUGAAGCACCGCCAGGGCCACAAAUGCUCCACCGCGUGGUUAGUCGUGGCAAUGGUCGCUUGGGAAGGAGUUCCUAGUCACGAAGCCGACCGUUUGUACUCGGUGCUGACCCACAAGCUCAACAGGUUUGGCUUGCCAACUACGAGGAGGUGCGGUACCAACGAACCCAGAACGUGCGCCUGCCAAGGCCUCGAUCCUGACUCCUGCGGAGCAAGUUACUCGUUCGGAUGCUCUUGGUCGAUGUAUUAUAACGGUUGUAAAUACGCGAGAAGUAAGACUGUCAGGAAGUUCCGAUUAUCCGUGAGAUCUGAAGAACAAGAGGUCGAAGAGCGGAUGCACGUUCUGGCGACUCUGCUGUCUCCCUUGUACUUGAGCCUCGCUCCCGAGGCUUUCAACAAUCAAACGCAGUUCGAACGGGAGGCCAGCGAGUGCCGGCUGGGAUUCAAGCCGGGCAGACCAUUUUCCGGCGUGACAGCCUGCUUGGACUUUUGCGCCCACUCGCACCGGGACCUGCACAAUAUGAAUAACGGCUGCACGGUGGUGGUCAGUUUGACGAGACAUCGGUCGCUCGCGAAACCGGACGACGAACAACUGCACGUGCUACCACUGUACAUCAUGGACGACACCGACGAGUUUGGCUCCAAGGAGGGACAAGAGGACAAAGUGAAAUCCGGUGCGAUCGAGGUUCUGAAAAAAUAUCCGUGCGAGGUGAGAGUUCGCUCGGUGCCGUUGCAGCCCUGCAGACGCCACGGCAAGAAGAGAAAGGAGGACGAGGCCGACGCGGCCAGCAACAAGAAAGACCUGAAAAAUCCAGCGGAGAAGCUGGUCGAGGCGAGCAGACCGGCGAUGUAUCAAGAUCCGUCGAGGCCAACGCCGCAGUUGACCCACGAAAUGGCCACGAUGCUCGAAGGCAUGGACAGCCAGCUGCAGAGCUCGCAGGUGUCGUCGACCGUUCUCGACAGCCCCGUGUCGAUGUACCAGGGCUGGAACUACCAGAACGAGCAGCAGUGGAAUCGGCCGGGCUGGCUCGACCAGCGCAAGAGCAACUGGAUGAAUCCAUGGGCGGACUACAGCCCGUUCGGCGGACUGGAUCGCGAGAUCAAGGUAGAUCCGGACAGCACCAGCCUCGACGACUCGAGGCCCAAGAGCACCACGCUGUCCCAGGACGCGUACAGGCCGUCCUCCAGGAGCCUGCACGGCGGCCAACAUCCCGGCGAGGAGCUGGUGAGCAGGGCGGCGGGCUACGGGCACCUGCCACGGGGACACGCCGUCUCACCGAGGAGCACGCUGUCGAACACGCCCUCGGAGUCCGCGUACUCGACGCCGCCGAGAACCGGCCCGGCCACGCCUCAGGACCCGAGAAUCGUAUCGCCUCGCAGCUCCGGAUACUCCUCGGUCCCGAGCGACUUCAACAUGGCCACGCCGUCACCGAGGAAUUACCAACACUCGCACGACAGCCGGCAGUCCACUCUGUCCCCUCGCGUCGGAUACUCGAAUUCGUCGGCCAGUCUGGAGAGCCCCCAGAGGACUCCGCCGAGGAGUGGCCAGCAGAUGUUCGCGGCGGUCGGCGCCGAGGCCGCCCGUAGAAACCAGUCCCCGAGCGCACACCUGCUGCGAAGCCCGGGCUUCGGCGCGCCCGAGAGCGGCUUCCUGGCCGAGGUCGCCGCCGCCGCGCCGCCAAAUCCAAAGUUCGGCCCGCCGAUGCAGCAGCAGCAGCAGCCAUCGGGAGCACCGACGAUCCAAGGGAGCGCGGCCUCGGCCGCCCCGACGAAUCCCGGAUACUUCUCGCAGAGCACGGCUUACGCGCCCCUGGGCUCGGCUUACGAGCACCCGAGCGUCGACAACCAUCUGGCGAACGCGAUAGACCAAAAGGCGAGGGUGGGCUUCAACUCGUUCAACAACCCGGCCGUUUCGACCGAGCAGUCGAACUGGAGCUCGCUGAGCUCGUGGGGCAGCGACCACCUGAAGAAGCCCCUGCAGUUGCCGUCGCACAACGUCCACAGUCCAUCCUCCAAAUUGGAGUACGGCAAGUCCCCCUGGGACGACAGAACGCAGCAGUCCGACUCGUCGAAAUCGUCGUGGGACUCGCCGAGCGAGCCGCCCUCGCCCUUCAGAGUUCCUAAAGGAAGGCCGCCCUCGAGGACCACCCCGAAUCAAAAUCCAUCCUCGGACUCGAGCAACUUCCAGAACACGGUGCCGAAGCCGUUCCUCAAGCCCCACGAGCCCAACAAGAGCGGCGGCUCGUACUCCGAGAACCAGAGCCAGAAGAUAGGCCAGACCCACCAGCGGAAGGAAGGUAGGCGAGCGCGUGGAGGUGGCGCGCCGGACGACGAGCGGGGCAUCAGGCGCACCGUCGCUGUUGCAGGUUUCUACCAGGAGGCCGCGAGGGCGGAGCUCGCGAGCCAGAACCCGAGCCUGAGCUGGGCCGAGGCCGAGAUGAAGCAGGUGCAGGACCUGCACACGCACGCGAUGAGCGGCCUGGCGCACCCGGCGUUCCCGCAGUACGGCUACCCGGCCUACCCGGCGGUCUUCGACAAGUCCUACUCGAACUCAUGGGACGGCUACGGGUACAACGCCGCGUACGGCCAGCCGCACCCGCCGGCGGUGGGCGCCGAGUUCGCGGGCCCGGCGGCGCAGUUCUACCAGCAGCCGAAGCGCGAGGCCUGUUUCCCCGGCGCGCAGUACCCGUUCCAGAACGUGGCGGCGCCGUACCAGGCCCACCUGAACGCCGGCUGGCCGCGCUGGGACCUGUACGGCGCGGCGCCCUACUUCCCCGUGCUGCCGGAGCCGCCGCCCAAGGCCGAGCCGCUCGGCGAGGUCGCCGACUACACCGACAACGAGGAGUGCUUCAAGGACGCGCAGAUGGGCGGCGUGGCCAUCGCGCUGGGCCACGGCAGCGUGCUCUUCGAGUGCGCCAAGCAGGAGAUGCACGCCACGACGGCGCUCAAGCGGCCCAACCGGCUCAACCCCACGCGCAUCAGCCUGGUGUUCUACCAGCACCGCAACCUCAACCGGCCGCGCCACGGCUGGGACGAGUGGGAGGAGAAGAUGCGGCUGCGCAAGCUGGGCCUCGGCGCCGCGCCCGCGGCCGCGGCGGGCGGCGCGCUCGGGGGCCCGGGCGCGCCCGCGGCAGCCAGCCCCGCCGGCGCGGGCCCGCAGGAGGCGCCGCUGCCAGUUCCUCACGUGCCGAAUGUGCCGAGCUCCCAGUUCAUGAUGCGCUCGCCCACCUACACGACCAUGACCUGGACGACGCUCUUCCCCAUGCACCCGUGCAUGAUCACCGGUCCAUAUCAGGAGGGCGGGGCCAUCGGCUGACUGCAGGCCAAGGGCGCCUCGCCCGGCUAGCCGUAGCCCGGCGUCGCCUGGAUUUUAUACGUACCUAGCGUGCUCCCGACGAGGAGCUGCCCCGUCAGAGGCUAGCCAUUACACGUCUAUACUUAUACGUACCUAUGCAUACACUUGUCCCCGACCCCCCCCCCCUCUCUCUCUCUCUCUGCCUCUCUCUCUCUCUCUCUCUCUCUCUCUCUCUCUCUCUCUCGCUCUCGCUGUUGCUCUCUGCCCCCGCACACGGGCACGCGCGCGCACGCCCUCGGCCGUCCGGCCGUGCGAGCGUGCCUUCUAGCGAUCAGCCUAGCUCUAGACCUAUUGUCUACUGAUAGUUCCUGGGUUCCACCGUACUACCCAUACCAUUUUAUUUGCGUGACUUUCAUUACUGGUAUCUUGAUUCUUUCGUCUGUUCGAUUCGGCGAUGCUGCGCCUGGCGCGCCUGGCGCGACCAGCCAGCGCAACGAUUAUUGACGCGAGCGAUCCAGACACUUUCCUUAGUAGUCUUUUAAUGUGACGAGCGAACGCCCUGCGCAUCGAUCAAUUUGACGAGCUCGGUCUAUCCAAUUAAUUUGUAUUAUUUGAAUAUUUGUACAUAUUAGGUGACAUUGCUUUCCAAUCAAUUCUCACUUUUUCCUUACUCAUCUAUUUUUAUACUCGCGUACUUUGUGACACUGAGCUUUCUCGGCAAAGAAUAGUUAUGCGGCGACAAAGUCUAUCGAUAAUUUAUUUAUUACAACUUGCCCCUAUCCCGUACUGCCCGCAAUCCCGUUGCCCCUAUACCUUCUUCUAGUGAACUAUAAGCGAUCUACAAUUUAGGUACACUGAUGAUUAUUAGGAAUAACGACGUCAACCGGUUGUAUGAAAACUUUUAUAUUGGUAUGUUUGAAGGCGCAUGGGUUCGAGGAAGACUUCUUAUUAAUUUUCUUUUGGAAGAAACUGCAUGUAAAUUAAAGAUGUUGAGGCACGAUUAAGAAUAAUCAUUGAGCGGUCAGCCUCGUGCCCGAGCCAGAGUAUUAUAAGAAUCAUUAAUAUAUUAUUCAUGAUUAUCGCAUACAAUAAUUAGUAGUAUAAUCUAUUUUAACUGAUUAUUUAUAAAUUAAGUUUUGGAAGAGUGUUAUGUACUAGUAUUGUAACGUUUGAAGCGGCGAUUCACGGCAGAAUGUUGUACAAGUGGCGCAAUAAUGUGUAAUAAAAAGCGACACUUGUGUAAAUCAGUCGCCUUGAAUCCAAUUGGGGCUGCGGCCCGGCAUUUCCAAUACCUACGACUGUCACAAGCGACGUCCCAAAGGAAGUUGUUGCGAAAUUAGCGCUCAUUCCGCAAAAGCCACCACGGCGUCUUCUCUUAAUAUUCUUAAAAGUCUAUUCCGAAUUUCUCUCUUGUUAGCUAAGUUUCACUGCAACACGUGCAUGCAUACACUCACGCACACACUAACACGCGCACACGCACGCACGCACGCACGCACGCACGCACACGCACACACACACACACACACACACACACCUUCAGUUGUUCUUCCUUCUUUGAACAUCACUCUAUUGUAAGAACAAACGAAUAUUUCAAAUUAAAAUAAUAAUUUUUCUCAUUUUUUACUUUUGUUCGUUUUAUUUUCUUUUAUCUCAUUUAAAGAUCAUACUAUGAACCUUUUAUAAAUAUUUAUACGAUAUGACAAAUUUAUAUAUAAAAAAAAGAAAAAAAACUAAAAAAGAAACUCGAAUAUAAACGUACGUACGUAUAUAUUUUUUCCUGAAAAAGAACGUCUGAUAGAAUCACUAAUACACGCGAGUCUGAGUGAUAUGACUUUUUAUGCAAUGAACGUCAAUCAACUUUAUAAGAAUAUUGCUGCGCAGUGAAUAGUAUUCACUUCAAACUAUACUCACGUCAAAGUGAUGUAGAAAUUUUUAAUUGCAAAAACCGUGUUCCUUCUUUGUCAAAGUAAUGGUGUUUCUAUUAGAUCUUUUACUAAGGAAAAGCAACCCACAGUACAACUUUGACCAUCAAUCGCAUUUGUGAAGAUGUGAAUCCAUACAUCGAUUCGUCAUUUAGAUUUUGAAUGAAGCGAGAAAAAAAUCAAAUAACGAGGCGAUGAGAUAUUAUUUCUAUUUAGUUUUGUUUUAUUAUCUCGAUGUGGAAUGUACAAAUAUAUCUCAAGAACAUUAACAAAAAAAGAAACUUGAUUUAUUUCAAAUGUAUAGUUUUGAAUAACUUUUAUGAUUUUGUGAUAAAUCUUUUAUAUGCUAUUGUGACUUUCGUUUAAUCAUAACAUUGCAUUGAUGAAUUAUAGUUUUUGUUGUGGAUAAUUUAUAUAUCGAACUGAAAUGAUUAUUUUUUGAGUCAUUCGGAGUGUUGUUAACUAUUGUGGAAAACACUGCCAUAAUUCCAAAAGACAAAGUGAAUAAAUAUUGUUCUACCAAUUUUUAUACGUGAUUAUUCAUGGCGAAUAUGCUCGAAAUGACGCAAAAAUAAAAGAACAAUACAAUAAACACGAUAUUAAAAAUGCGAUGAUGCCAAAAUAGUGUUAAAGUUCAUAUUUAGAAAGUAAAUAGAAAGAAUACUUGUAAUAAUUAUAGCGAGUUUAUCGAAACUAAAGUCUUUAAAGGAUGAGAAAACAUUGAAAAUGAUUAUAUCGAGAUGUAUGGAAAAUUUAAAAGAAAAGAACAAGUGAGGAGACUUAAAAGUUAUGAUCGAAUAGGACGAUAUGAAUGAAUAGUAAAGAGAGAACAACGUUGAAAAUGUAUUUUUUCUUCCAAUGCCAAAAAGAUACCAUUUUGUUUUGUACGAAAAAGGUCGAUGAAAAAUGCCAUAAAAAAAGGAAAAUUUAACUGGUAGCGUAGAGAACGUAUGUAAGUGUAUUAUGAAUAAAGAACAUUCAAUGUAAAUGUCUCGUGAAAUAACUUGUCCGCCUUAUAACGAAACAGAAAUACUACAGUAGAAGAAAAGAGACGUUUGUAGCGUGAGUAAACUAGUUAAAUAAAACACGUACUAAUACCAUGACAGUGUUGCAUUCAAUACUACUAUAUCACAGUAUGAUGUCGCAUUAUUAAAUUCAUUCUAUUACUUUAAACCUUCCUUGAGCACAAGGCCAAAUUUCAUGGAUUUUUUCAAACGACUGAUGCAAAGAUAACCUUGUAUAAAAAUCACACUCGUGUCUGUACAUAAUAACAAUCACAAAGAGAAUAUUUCGUAUUUCUUUUACGUAGCAUCAAAUCAUUUUCAACCGAAUCAAAAACUUCUUUGUGUUGUUUACGUUCUGGGUUUGUGUUGGAAGAACGUAAAGUUGAAUACCUAUAGAUGCCAUAUUUAGGUACUCGGCAAUACUCCAUAGAGUUUAUUGCGUUUGAACAAAAAAACAAUGUAUAAAUAAAGAGAGAGAGAGAGAGAGAGAGAGAGAGAGAGAGAGAGCGAGAGAGAGAGAGAGAGAGAGAGAGAGAGAGAGACAGGUAGAUAGAGAGAGAAGGAAAAGACAUUAAAAGCAAUCUGUCGAAAGACUCAACUAAGAUAAACAUAAAAAUAAAUCAGUUUUUAUCGUUGCGAGUAGGCACGCCAUCAUGUAGUUGCGGACGUCGGAAGAAAAAAGUAUGUCCAAAACAAUUACUGAAAAAGAGAGAUAUUUAUGUGUUAGAGUGCUUGUACGUGCGAGGAUGAGAGUAAUGCGAACCUAUUGC